UAGUUCGGAAAGCACAUAGCCUUAAUCAGCAGGGCGGCACAGUGGUAUCUGAAGAAAAUAAGAAUAAAUAAGUAAUUUCAUUACCCUGGGUUCUGAAAUAUAUGGAGGUGCAAUUUAAAGGUAAAUUUGCUCCAGCUUACAUCUCUGGUGUUCUCAGGCUAUCACUUACAGUUUGACAUCAACGACGCGUUGCAUAGAAGUUUCGCUAUUGCGCUUUGUACACACAGGAGUGAGAGCAAUCAACGGCAACAUGGAAUUAGCAGACAGAGCAGUUGGAUUUCUGUUAUCCGUUAUGAGCUUGUCAAUAUUUACCUACUAUACAUUUUGGGUUAUCAUCCUGCCUUUUGUGGAUGAUGAUCAUUUCGUUCACAAGUACUUUUUACCCCAAGAGUAUGCCAUACUAAUACCAAUUUCUGCUGGCGUUGCACUGCUUUGCUUCUUAAGUAUAUUUGUUGGAGUCGUGAUGCUCAAAUCCAAAAAAAAGAAGGCUUGAUUUUUAUUUUCCGUUUUGUUGCACCAAUUUUUCUGAGUUUUGAAAGAGACAGCGAAGGUAUUAGUGUAUUUUCGAACAUUUCAUUGAAGUUAAGAAAAGCUUUACCUA